AUGCAUUCUUCCAUCGUCCUCACUUUCCUCGCUGCUGUCGCAACUCUUGCCUCGGCAAGCCCUGCCCUCGACACCAAGCGCGACGACACAGUCUGCGCACCGGGGACUGGCUUCUUCCAGUCCUGUGCCAAUGGCUUCCGCGGCUGCUGCAAGGCCGACGCCUGCACCAUCGGCUACUGCCCCGACAAGCGUCAGGAUCCUACCGUUUGUGCCCCCGGCACCGGCUUCUUCCAAUCUUGUUCCAACGGCUUCCGAGGCUGCUGCAAGUCCGACGCCUGCACUCUCGGCUACUGCCCCGAUCUGACCAUCGCCUCCUCGAAGCGCGCCGCCGACCCCACCGUCUGCGCCCCCGGCACCGGCUUCUUCCAAUCUUGCGCCAACGGCUUCCGCGGCUGCUGCAAACAGGACGCCUGCACCAUCGGCUACUGCCCGGACGUCAAGACCUUUGAGACGGUAACCAAGACGGCCCCUCAGACGACCGCCACCCCGACCCCCAAGACCAACUCCCACUCCAACACGGACCCGACCGUCUGCGCCCCCGGUACCGGCUUCUUCCAGUCGUGCGCCAAUGGGUUCCGCGGGUGCUGCAAGUCUGAUGCUUGCACGAUCGGCUACUGUCCUUCCAACUAA